CUGUGGUGGUUGUUGUUAGCAGCAAGAUGGCGGUUCCCGUCCCGGCGCUCAGCCGCUGUGCUCUGCAUCUUUAACAGUGGAUCUCAGCCUCCGCGCCGCUCCGUGUCUCUGGCGCAUGGAGCAGCAGUUCGGCCUCGCAGUCGGCACUGGAUCUACGUUAGCGUUUGCCCUAGUUCGCGUUUGCCGGAGCAGCUACCGGCGGCUUUAUACCGACUCCCCACAGUGUUCACCGGGUAAAAUGGCGGACUGUCCGCUUCAGGCUGCAGGCUAACAGCUAACAGCACCGCGCUCCGUUUCUGAGCCGCCGGCUGGUUCCGCACCGGAUCAUUGUGUCCAGUCUGUGUCUGCAUCGAAGACCGAUUCUUCAGUGUCUGGUUAACGAUACCGAUUCCUGGACAGACGCCGGGCUCUGCCCGCACUAAACGCUGGCUAGUUAGCCACUGAGCUAGUUAUCAGGCUAAUGCUAACCCGCGCUGGCACCGAGCAGGAGACGAUUUAAAACUUUCAGAAACUUGGACUGGAGACACGUAUUUCCCCGUCACCGAGGACCGAGACAGAUACAUCAUGGCUUCCGAACCCGCCGUGGUGCUGCAGCCCCGCUGGAAGCGCAUCGUGGGCUGGACCGGGCCUGUGCCGCGGCCCAGACACGGACACCGAGCUGUAGCUAUUAAGGAGCUAAUGGUGGUGUUCGGCGGAGGAAACGAGGGCAUCGUGGACGAGCUGCACGUCUAUAACACAGCCACUAACCAGUGGUUCAUUCCUGCGGUGCGCGGUGACAUCCCGCCCGGCUGUGCUGCGUUUGGCUUUGUGUGUGACGGGACGAGGCUGCUGGUGUUUGGUGGGAUGGUGGAAUACGGCAAAUACAGCAACGACCUGUAUGAACUGCAGGCGAGUCGCUGGGAGUGGAAACGUCUGAAGGCCAAAGCUCCGAAGAACGGCCCGCCCCCCUGCCCACGCCUCGGACACAGCUUUUCUCUGAUUGGCAACUGCUGUUACCUGUUUGGAGGAUUGGCCAAUGACAGCGAGGAUCCCAAGAACAACAUCCCCAGGUAUCUGAACGACCUCUACUGCCUGGAGCUGCGUCCAGGCUCCAGCGUGGUCGGCUGGGAGAUCCCAGUGACGUCGGGUCAGCCACCGCCGCCACGAGAGAGUCACACGGCCGUGGUGACGAGUGGCCGCGCCGCCAACAGACUGAUAAUCUAUGGAGGGAUGAGCGGCUGCAGACUGGGAGACCUGUGGGUGCUGGACAUCGACUCCAUGACCUGGACCAAACCAGCCCUCAGUGGAACCGCCCCCCUCCCACGCAGUCUGCACUCUGCCACCGUCAUCAACAACAAGAUGUAUGUGUUUGGAGGUUGGGUUCCUCUGGUGAUGGACGACGUUAAAGUGGCCACUCAUGAGAAGGAGUGGAAGUGCACCAACACACUGGCCUGUCUCAACCUGAACUCCAUGUGUUGGGAGAUGGUGCUGAUGGACAGUGAGGAGGACAACGUGCCUCGGGCUCGUGCAGGUCACUGCAGCGUCGCCAUCAACUCCAGACUCUACAUGUGGAGUGGCAGAGACGGAUACAGGAAAGCCUGGAACAACCAGGUGUGCUGCAAGGACCUGUGGUACCUGGAGUCAGAGCGUCCCUGUCCUCCGUCUCGUGUUCAGCUGGUUCGUGCGAACACGUCCUCUCUGGAGGUGAGCUGGGGACCGUCUCAGACGGCCGACACUUACCUGCUGCAGCUGCAGAAGUACGACAUUCCCGCGACACCUGCCAUUAGCACCGCCCCCCAGAGCCCCACCUCCUCUGACCAGGCUGUCCCGCUCUCUGGCGCCGCCCUGGUUCCCUCCCCCUCCACGUCUGUGGCUGGAAGCCCGUUGGCUUCAGCGGUGAAAGCACCAGCUGUUCUCAAGGUAGCGGCAGCUCCAGGAGCAGUAGGCGGAGCCUCCAUCAUCACCGUGAGACAGGCCACGCCCAAAUCGGCGGCCGCGGUGACACUUCCUGCGGGAGUUCGUAUGGUGGUUCCCACUCAGGCAGCACAGGGGACGCCAAUAGGAAACAGUCCUCAGAUGAGCGGCAUGGCGGCGUUAGCGGCGGCGGCCGCAGCCACUCAGAAGAUUCCGCCCUCCUCGGGAGCGGUGCUGAGCGUCCCCGCGGGAGCAGCUGUCGUGAAGGCGGUGGCCGCUAAAGUGGCCGCUCCUGUUACCAUGCUGACUAACCCGGCCACACGCAUGCUAAAGACCGCGGCCGCUCAGGUGGGCGGGGCCUCCAUGCUCGCCAGUCCCGGGACGCCAGGUCGACAGCUGAUCACGGUGCACAAGGCGGGUGCAGUGCCCGUCUCCCAGCACGGUCAGGUGGUCACCACGAUGGUGGGUGGAGUCACAAAGACCAUCACCCUUGUGAACAGCCCUCUCGGAGGGGGCGGGGCUCUGAUCGGGAACCUGGGGAAGGUGAUGUCAGUGGUCCAGAACAAACCGGCUCAGACUGCAAGUGGCGCCGUCGCUCAGCUCCUCCAGGCGAAGGGCGGUCUCCCCGCAGGAACCAUCCUGAAGCUGGUGACGUCAGCAGACGGUAAACAGACAACGCUCGUCAGCGCCGCACAGUCUGGAUCCACCAGCAGCAAACCCACCAUCAUCAAGACCAUCCCAAUGUCAGCGCUGCAGGGAGGGGCCGGGAACAGUCCAUAUACCAUCCUCACUACCAAGGUGAUGUCACCAGGAACGAUGGGAAAGAUCAUCACCACUGUCCCAAAGAUGACCACAGGAGGUCAGCCAGGGGUCACACAGGUGGUGUUGAAAGGAGCUCCAGGUUCUCCGGGUACCAUCCUCAGAACUGUCCCGAUGAGCGGUGUGCGACUGGUGUCGCCAGGGAGCAAGCCCGGCAUCACCACUCUGGUCGUCAAGGCAGCCUCAGGCGUGUCCACUCUGGCCACAGUGGCAGGAAGUGCUUCCACUACUGUGACGGGCGGCACCAUCGCUGCCUCCAGCGCUUCCCUGGCCACACCCAUCACCACCCUGGCAACCAUUGCUACGCUGGCCAACCAGGUUACCACAGUGACGGCCAGUGCAGCUGUACCUAAGCAGGUGACACUGAUCACAACGCCGAGCGGUGCCGAGGCUCAGCCACUGGUCCAGGAUCUGCCCGUCUCCUUCAUGGCGUCGCCCACCUCUGAGGAACCAGGAGGUACGACGAGCACUGCGACUGUGACAGUUGCAGGAACGACCGUGUGCUCCAACCCGCCCUGUGAGACGCACGAGACCGGCACCACCAACACCGCCACCGUCGCCAUGGCAACCAUGGGUGGCGGCAACAGGGUGUGUUCAAACCCACCCUGCGAGACGCAUGAGACGGGGACGACCAACACCGCCACCGUCGCCACAGCAACCAUGGGUGGGGGGGACAGGGUGUGUUCAAACCCACCCUGCGAGACGCACGAGACAGGGACAACCAACACCGCCACCGUCGCCUCCACCAGUAUGAGCCGGGAACUACAGGUGAGCUCAGCUCAGCAGUCUGCUCUUUCACCCGUCGUCACCGUGACUUCGUCAAACGUCUGCUCCAAUCCUCCAUGUGAGACUCACGAGACCGGAACCACCAACACCGCGACCACGGCGGGAGCGGGAGGAGUCAGACAGGUGUGUUCAAAUCCUCCCUGUGAGACCCACGAGACUGGAACCACCAACACAGCGACCACAGCAGGAGCGGGAGGAGCAGUCAGACAGGUGUGUUCAAAUCCUCCGUGCGAGACCCACGAGACUGGAACCACCAACACAGCGACCACAGCAGGAGCGGGAGGAGCAGUCAGACAGGUGUGUUCAAAUCCUCCGUGCGAGACCCACGAGACUGGAACCACCAACACAGCGACCACAGCUACAGCUCAACAGGGUGGAGACAAUCUCCAGGGAGACUCCUCAGACCCCACCUCCUCCUCUGACUCCACCCCCUCCACCACCACAGCCAAUCAGAGCAGGGCCGUCACCACAGUUACACAGGCCACACCCACACCUGGACCUUCCAUACCGGCGAUCUCCUCAUUGGUCGGUGAAGAGAGGGCGGGGUCAGAGGCCGUUGCCAUAUUGACGGAGGAGGCGGAACCUACGCAGACAGUCAGUCAGUCAGAGGCUGUGAUGUCAUCAGCAGCAUCAGUGUUACAGGUUCAGGUGGAAGGCAGCGAGGCCACAGCACAGAUGGAGACAUCAGACAGUGGUCUUCCUCAGGAGCUGAUGUCAUCAGACGGGGACGAAGGUGACGUCGUCUCUGGAGCGACGACCCUGAUGGUGACGGGACUGACCCCAGAUCAGCUGACUGUUGCCACGGUAACAGGAGACGCAGCUCAGCAGGCGACGAUACAGGCAGUGCUUCAGGCUACAGCACACAGAGUGGACCAGUCCAUCCCCAUCGUCCUCACCCAGCAGGAGCUUGCUGCUCUGGUGCAGCAGCAGCUGCAGGACGUCCACAACCAUCCAGAACCAGAACCAGCACAACCAGAGCCGAGCAGUGUCCCCACAGAGGGCCUUGCUCCCGCAGACAGCCUCAACGACCCAACAGCGGAUGGAAAUGUCCACGAGAUGACAUCAUCAGCCGUCACCAGUGCUGUCGCACGAUUGGCCAGCACGUUCAGCCCCGCCCCUCCUCUGACAGCAGGACCAGUUAAGAUUGCAGCUGCCCCUGUCAAGACCGAGACGACCAAUGGCAUUGCAGCAACUACAGGGGUGAAGACGUCGGGUGGGGACAGUCAUUGGUACGACGUCGGGAUCGUAAAGGUCACUAACAUGGUCGUCUCUCACUUCUAUGUCCCAUACGACGACAACGUGGCCGACGACGAUUCAGGUGUGCCACCUGACUACAGUCAGAUGAAGAAGGUGGAGCUUCAGCCAGGGACCGCCUACAAGUUCCGUGUUGCAGGGAUCAACAUCUGCGGCCGCGGCGCCUUCUCCGAGGUGUCGGCGUUUAAAACGUGUCUGCCCGGUUUCCCUGGAGCGCCCUGUGCCAUCAAGAUCAGCAAGAACCUGGAUGGCGCUCAGCUCACCUGGGAGCCUCCGGCCGUCACGUCAGGCCGGAUCGUAGAAUACUCGGUUUACCUCGCCAUCCAGUCCAGUCAGGCUGCCGCCUCUUCAGGCUCUGGCCCCGCCCAGCUGGCGUUCAUGAGGGUCUACUGCGGCGCGAACCCGUCCUGCCUGGUCCAGGCCUCCAGCCUCGCCAAAGCACACAUCGACCACACCACCAAACCCGCCAUCAUCUUCCGCAUCGCAGCUCGCAACCAGAAGGGCUACGGUCCGGCCACGCAGGUGCGGUGGUUACAAGAGACGAGUAAAGACACGAAAACAGCAGUGAAGAGGGGCGGAGCCUCUGACACGAAACCUGGUGGACCAAAGAAGUUCAAAACUGACCAAUAAGAGCCUGAGUCUGCUGACAACUCUGGUUGCCAUGGUGAUGGGUGGGGGGGGUGUGGAUCUGGCCAAUUCCUGUCCAGCAAGAAACGAACUAAAGUACAAAAGACUUGUAGCAUAUUUGUAAAUUAUCGGCCAUUCUGACGGUGACACCGUUGUCAUGGAGACGACAGGGGUGGAGUCAACAGUGUUUCAUGGAGAAAUGGGAACAAUAAAGUUUGAGUUUGUUUGAGUCGUAGCUUUUUUGAACAUCAUUUGAAAGGUCACUAUGCUGUCAGGGGGGCGGGGCCCCAGUCAGGGGGGUGGAGUUUAAACUUUCUCUGUUGUACAUAAUUUCCUUUUUGUUUUUUUUUUAUAUAAUCGUUACAAAAAUUGUUUCUGAUUUUUCUUCAGUUGAUGAGACAGAGCGCCCCCCACUGGUCAGUGGGCAAAACUGCAGCUAUUCAAAAAUUAAACCUGUUUGUCAAUAAUCCCUGGAUCAAUAAAGAUUUUUAGAGCAUUUUUA